UUGCCCCAAAUUUUGUUGCGGAAAUACGUUCGAAAGAAGGUAUUUUAAUUGAUCCCCGCAAUCAAACUGUAACAGUAUAUCGAGUUGAUGGAAACGAUAUUGUUUGGAACGUGCGAAGAGAUCCUCGUACUUUUACUUCGCGAAUUCUUAACGGAUUUGUUUUAAACUUGCAAGGUGGUAAAAAGCUUAUCCUACUUUAUCCACGAUUGAAAAUAUUCAUAUUAUGGAUUCUGUCAAAUGCAUCUUCAGAUCUCUACCAAAAUGAGAACGGAACUUAUCAAAGUAUUUAG